AUGCCACGUCGAUUGGAUUACGUGUACGGCGAUAAGCCCGAGAUUUCCUCGCCCACCACAGCCCGGGCAGUCGAAAGCGUCUCGUCGAUUUCGACCGCGGCUCAAUCGCCGGAGAUUGGCGGUCUCGGUCGCACUAUCGCGUCGCCCUCGACGAGCAGUGGCGCACGACCUACGGCACCGUAUCGCGCACAACUACCAGAAAGGGACUAUGAUGACUAUGUGAGCUCCUUGACUGUGCUCUGGGCUGCCAAGAGUGGGAUGUGGUAUGCCUGGGAUCGGCCGCGUUGCGCGUGCGCUGGGCCCGCGUAUAACGUCAUAGGCUAUCUAUCUCGCAGCGGAGAGGGCCAGCGGGCUCGUCGGCAUUCGGCAUCGGCAAAGGUUGCUACAUGGGGCUACAUCACGUACUUCAGCCGCCUAGCCUUAGCUGUGUAGUGCCUGGUCUAGCUGUGAAGUGGACACUGUUCGAUCGUUUCGGCUGACACCCCUCUUUGCUCCCUCAGACCCCGUCCAUUUCGCCCGCCAAUGUCAGCUUGCUGCACGAACGCGUGAGUCUAGGGGGGGCACCGACGACACUUCAGAGUCGGUCUCAGCGCACCUCGUGCGCAACUUUGAAGGCCAACUUUUCCUCGGCGUCUUAUAGGUUUUCCCAUCAACUGACUUUGUCUUCUUCCGUAUUCCACUUCCAUCUAUCUUGUCGCACUCCCUGAUGAUCACACAGCUACAAAUCCUGACGGCGUCACAACGUCUGGCCAUCACUUUUCACCCGCCAAGGGGUUCGUCCGAACGCGAUGAUUCAGGAGACCCUCUCUCGAUCAGCCCCCGUCCCUCGGCUAGUCCGCCAGCGACCACUUCCCAGGCCGCUUCGUUGAGGCUACAAGAAUUGGCGAGGAGUUUGCAAGUCCAGGCGGCGACGGAGAGGGAGCGGGUCGCUGAACAAUUGAGGACGAGCACCGCGACUUCUGUGGGAUGGGUUGGAACGACGAGUUUUUCGACUGGACCGGCUGGAUCACCUUUGGUUAUGCGCGAGCGGUAUUCACGGGGAAGAAACACAGGGGUUACAGUCGAUCAUGCACCAGAAGAGGACGAAAGUGGAUCCAGCCAGGAUGAGGAUGACGAGGAGGAGGAUCAUGGAUUGGACGGCGACGUUAUCACAUUCGCGGAUCGGACCGUCCCGUCUGAGGAAGUUUUACAGAUGUGGUACGAUACAAGAAGAUUGGAAAUGGGGCAAGUCGAUGCGAAUGGGGUCAAGCAGACGAAAAGGACAUCGCAUUGCGGAACACUUGAAGGACGAUAG